AUGGCAGCCUUGGCAGGGAUUGGCUCUUGUUGUUCAACUCUCUCUUCCACAAGGGACAUCAUACCGUCGUCGAACUUUGGCCAUAGAGCAAAAGUGAAUUUUGUGACUGCAGAAGAAGCAAAAGAACUUAUUGCAGUUGAUGGAUACACAGUUGUUGAUGUUCGGGACAAAUCUCAAUUUGAACGAGCUCAUAUCAAAUCAUGCCAUCAUGUCCCUCUUUUCAUUGCAAACGAAGACAAUGACCCCGGCACAAUCAUAAAGAGGACUCUCCACAACAACUUUUCUGGUCUGUUCUAUGGGUUGUCUUUCACUAAACCCAACCCUGAAUUUGUACAAUCUGUUAAAUCCCAGUUUUCACCUCAAAGUAAACUGUUACUGGUGUGCCAGGAAGGAUUGAGGUCUACUGCUGCUGCCAAUAAGUUGGAGCAAGCCGGGUUCGAAAACAUAGCAUGUAUAACAUCAGGACUUCAAACCGUAAAACCAGGAGCAUUUGAUUCUGUUGGUUCCACGGAGUUGCAAAAUGCCGGCAAAGCCGGUUUAGUCACCGUUCAAGGGAAGAUUUCAGCUGUACUUGGAACAGUACUAAUCUGUGCAUACUUAUUCAUCACUUUCUUCCCCGAUCAAGCCGAGAAGAUACUCCAAAUUUUCCAAACCACCUAG